GCUUGCAGGGAGAACACUCAGCCGAAGAGAGCCGAUGGAUCCCCAACUCCAAAAAUGGGUCGAGGAAAAUGCUGUGCGUUUAGAAGACACGCGCAGCUUCACUGUGUACCAAUUUCAGCCGGAAAUGAAGCACGAAGAUAAGAAGAACAAGGUGCGUGUGUUCGCCAUUGGGCCUGAGAACGACCGAGAAGUGAAGGCGAUGCUCUUGCUGGGGGAGACCGGGAGUGGCAAAACCUUGUUCUGCAACGCUUUCCUCAACAGGGUCUUUGGUGUUGAAAGAGAGGACAGAAUUAGACUCAAGUUGGAGGACCAGAUGGACCAAGCCGAUAAGAGUCAAAUAUACAGUCAGACGGAAUAUAUAUCAGUGUACUUGAUAUACCAUCAAAAUGGGAUGCCAUAUGAGUACAAUUAUAUGAUAAUUGAUACGCCGGGAUUCGGUGACACAGGAGGCCAAGACUUGGAUAAAAUUAAUGACAGUUGUCUCCGGUUUUACUUGUCAGAUGAAACUUGGAUUAAACAUCUUAACAGCAUUGGUAUAGUUUGGAAAGCUUCAGACCUCAGGUAUACUGAGAAAAACAGAAAAAUCCUUCGGAUGAUCAGAAAUCUUCUGUGCUUUGACACCAACGCCUUAACAGACGUUCUCAUGACAUUUGCAGUCAGUGAAAAUACAAAUGCCCUGAGAGUUAUUGAAGAAGCAGGAAUAUACUAUCGAGACGUAUUCUUCUUUAAUAAUGAGCCUAUUUACUUACCUUGUCCGCAAGGUGAUAAGCAGAGAAGGUACACGGAUCAGUGGGGAGACAUGGUAGACAGUCACAAGAAACUCCUCGAUUCUCUGAAUCAGAGAGAGGCUGUGCAUCUCAAUAUCACGGGGAGACUUUUGCUCAAUAGCCUGAAGUAUGACUCAAAACAGGAACAUAGCAAACUGGUUAAGGAGUCGUCUGGAGUUGACUGGAGUAAUGUAAGGGAGGUGGAUGUUAGCGGAAAUUACAUAGUUUUGGAUGAUGGCAAACACUGCCACUUCUGUAUCAAGUGCCAACGUGUGUGUCAGUCUGAGUGUAAAAGUGACCACAAGUCUCAUUCUUGGCAAUGGAAUACCGGAUAUAUUAGGCAGUUUAUAACAGCUGCAGGUACUAUACUUUCUGCAUUCGUGAUGAAUGCUGCAGAGAUAGCAGGGGAAAUGCAAAUAUCUAUUCCAGCUAUAUAUGGGUUAUUUAUAGGUGCAACAGUGGCAGUAGGAGCAGUUUCCUAUCUGAAGAGUAAAAAGACGUCUCAGUUUCACGCCACUGAGGGGAACAACCCGUGUCCGCAAUGCCGUCAUCUUGGCACUGAUCACGAAAUUAGAGAAAAACAUCUCGUCAAGGACGCCAAUUUCGACCUCAAGAUGGGAGUUGCUAAGAGGAGUCAGUAUCUGGGAGUGGUGGGAAGUAAAGCCGACAUUGAAGCCGACAUUAGCGCUUUCAAAACAAUACUGAAGGGGUUAGGAAUUGAAUUACCAUAGCAGGUGAUAUAGCUGUCAUAGGACGCUCUGUUUCCCAAAGUGGGGACGAUGGCUCCCAAAGAGGGUCCUUUUUGCAAAAAAAAAAGUCUAUAUAUGUUUUGGCAAUGUAGUGUGCAGGUUAUUAAAGGUGCUGAUGGGGGGGGGGGGGGAAUCACAGGAUUGGCUAUUACAUCGUUCUCAGAGGUAUCACUAUUUUGGCCCAAAUAUCAUCAUUGACAAUAUCUUAUUGUCAUAAACUUCUGAAGCAUAGGCAACGGUGCUAUAUGAUUGCCACA